AUGCCAGGGCCAGGCUGAGCGGUGGCGACCGGCCGGUCAGAUCGUGGGAGGUUGAGUCUGACGGCACCGCCUUGGACCUAGAGGAAACGCCGCACAUGGACGCGUCUGGUCCCUUGAUUCCUGGGGGACCAGGAGGCGAUGGCCCUUCAGGAAGUUCAAGAGAGACACCCAGACGGCUUUCAAGAGAACAGCUGUUUGUACUAAUAUCUGCUGCUUCCAUGAACUUAGGGUCCAUGAUGGCCUAUUCUAUCCUUGGACCCUUUUUCCCCAAGGAGGCUGAAAAGAAGGGAGCCAGCAAUACCAUGAUAGGCAUGAUCUUUGGAUGUUAUGCUUUAUUUGACUUGCUGGCAUCCUUGGUAUUUGGAAAAUAUCUUGUGCAUAUUGGAGCAAAGUUUAUGUUUAUAGCAGGGAUGUUCGUCUCAGGAGGAGUUACAAUUCUCUUUGGUCUCUUGGACCAAGUUCCUGAUGGACCUGUAUUUAUUGCUAUGUGUUUUCUAGUGAGAAUAAUGGAUGCAUUAAGCUUUGGUGCAGCAAUGACUGCAUCAUCUUCGAUCCUCGUAAAAGCUUUUCCAAAUAAUGUUGCUACAGUACUGGGAGGUCUCGAGGUAUUUUCUGGAUUGGGACUAGUACUAGGUCCUCCUUUAGGUGGCUUUUUGUAUCAAUCCUUUGGCUAUGAAGUGCCUUUUAUUUUUCUGGGAUGCAUAGUUCUGCUGAUGGUACCACUCAACAUAUAUAUUUUACCUAGUUAUGAGGCUGAUCCAGGUGAACACUCAUUCUGGAAGCUUGUCACUUUACCGAAAGUUGGCCUGAUAGCCUUUGUCAUCAUCUCUCUCAGUUCCUGCUUUGGCUUCCUUGAUCCGAUUCUGUCUCUCUUUGUUUUGGAGAAGUUUCAUUUACCAGCCGGAUAUGUGGGACUGGUCUUCCUGGGUUUGGCACUAUCCUAUGCCAUUUCUUCACCACUCUUUGGCCUGCUAAGUGAUAAAAUGCCGCAUCUAAGGAAAUGGUGUCUGGUUUUUGGAAACUUAAUCACAGCAGGGUGCUACAUGCUCUUAGGACCCGUCCCUUUCUUACACAUUGAAAGUCAGCUGUGGCUGCUGGUGUUGAUAUUAGUUAUAAAUGGCUUCUCUGCUGGAAUGAGUAUAAUUCCGACUUUUCCGGAGAUUCUCAGUUGUGCAUAUGAAAAUGGAUUUGAAGAGGGAUUAAGUACGCUGGGACUUGUUUCAGGUCUCAUUGGUGGCAUGUGGUCAGUUGGUGCUUUUGCAGGACCAAUGCUGGGUGGAUUUCUGUAUGAGAAAAUUGGUUUUGAGUGGGCAGCAGCUAUACAAGGCCUGUGGCCUCUGAUAAGUGGAUUAGUGAUGGGCUUAUUUUACCUCCUGGAGCACUCAAGGAGAAGAAGAAGGUCUAAGUCUCAAAACAUCGUUGGCACAGAAGAGGAACGAACUGCUCUUUUGCCUAAUGAAAUCUAGCCUUCUGAGUCCUGGAUGGAUACAGAUUGGGAGACAGAUGCUGGUGGCCCUGCAUAUCACUGUUGGGAAGGUCUUCUCAGUUUUGGACACAGAGCUCCAUGGGGCCUCCACUACUCCCUGAAAGAGCCCACAUGCUUUUGGAUGACCCUGUGUUGGGCUGUACUUAAAGUUGCCCGGAAAGGGUAACUGACUGAGCCAGCCAUAUUUGAAACAUUAAUUAUGAGAAAGAUAGUUAAAAACCAGCAAAAUUUUUUGUGGUGCUGGGGAUUGAACCCAGGGCCUUGUGCAUGUAAGACAAGCACUCUACCAACUGAGCUUAUCCUCAGCCCCAGGAGAUUGUUAUUUUAAAUGACCAAACUUCUCCUUGAAGAUUCUGUUAUGAAUUGUCUAGCCUUCUUGCUUCCUCUGUUUACUUUUUAUUCUGAGUGCACUGAUUUUGUGAAUGGAAUAUACCUUCAUUUUUACUGACAAGGAAAGAAAUGAUUGAUUUGACAUAUGCUGAAUAUAUCAUGAUGACACAAAUGUAUAGAAUAAUUAACUAUGAAAUCAGGUUUUAAACAUA